UUUUAGGUUGUCCAGGACCCUAUAAAAAUGAAUUGUUUUAGAAUAUAAAUCAUUAUAUUUUCUAAUAGCUCAUCUUUCAUUCAUUUGUCAUUUGUGUAUCAAUUAUAUAUGAUCUAAUUUAGAAUUGAGAUAUUUAAUUAGUGAGAAUUCAGGAUCCUUGCAACUUAUGUAUUUUCUAAUUUCAGAAGAACUAAUGGUCAUGAAUCACAAAAUAUAAUGGAAAAAAUGUUUCCACAGUUUCCUAAAAGCAGUCAUAAUGGAUUUCACAAUUCAGCAGAUGUAAAGUUGAAAAAUCUUUCUGAAAGGAAUAUCAAGAAGUUUCAUCUGGCUCUGGAAAUUUGGGAACAGCACCAAGCUGCUGAGAAAAUAGAAGCCGAAAAAUAUCUGCAAUGUAAAUACUUAGAAAAUCAGAAUACGCAUCAAGCAUUAGUACAGAAAAGUUGGUGUUCUACAGAGCAAGGUGUAAAAGAUUUUUGUGUAAUUUAUAGACAUGAUGAUGGUGAUAAAAAUAAUUUAUGUAUUAAUGGAAACUUUCCAAAUCAUAUGGAUCGUAGAAUGAGUUUCCACAAGGUAAAAGAAUUGUUAAUGAAGGAUCCAUCAGAAAUUCUUUUUUCUUUAAAUUUACCUCAAAAUGGUUUUCUUAAUUUGUUAAAUGAAAAAAGCCUUGGACUUGAAAUAAUGUUUGAUAUUUUAAUUUUAUUAGGAAAGUUAUCCAUAGCUGAAGAAUCUCAAAAUUUAGCAUCUAUUAUAAGUUGCAUUGUCAAUGAAAGUCCAUUUAUACAAACACACUUAUAUAAUUUCAUUAUUUCAUUAGAGAAAUACAAUAUAUCGGAUACAAAACAAUUGGAAUCCUUACAUAAUAUGACGUUAUUUCUGACCAAGUUUCAAGAAUUGCAACCAGUAACAGCUAGUAAUAAUUUGACGUUUAUUCUUCCAGUUUUAAAUGAUAUAUUUUAUAAACUCCAGCAGAAAGGGAUAAAUAAUUCAUUUAUUGAGAUAAAAAUAGAAAAUCUUCAAAAGAAUAAAGAAUGUCUUAUUAAAAUGUAUAAUCGAAAGACAAGAAAUGAAAUAUCUGCAUUUGAAAAUUUUCAAAAUAAACAACCACCAGAGUAUUUUGUAAAUAUACCUAUAUUCCCUACUAGACAAGAUUUAAUGGACAAACAGCCAUUUCUUCGACCAAAUAUUGUAUGUGGACGUUAUCUCAACUUAAAUCAUUACCUAGAUGUUCAGUUUAGGCUGUUAAGAGAAGAUUACAUUAGACCUCUUAGAGAUAGUAUUGAAAAUUACAAAGUGAAAGUUUCUCAUAGAAGAUCAAGAAAUUUUCAUGUAUAUAAUGAUGUUCAUAUUAUAUACCCAUACAAUACAGAGGGAGGAAUUGUGCAUUUGAUAUCGUUUAAUGUAAAACCAUAUUCUCAUAUUCAUUGGAACACUAGUAAAAGACUUUUGUCAGGAUCUUUAUUAUGCCUGUCUUCGGACAAUUUUGAAACAAUGUUGUUCGCAACGGUUGCAAAACGUGAUCCACUAAAACUGAAAAAAGGUGAACUGGAAGUUCAUUUUGAAAAUCUGAAUAAUGAAAUCUUUUCUAUAUCUCCAUUUUCUACUUUUGUAAUGGUUGAAAGCGAAGCUUAUUUUGAAGCCUAUCGUCAUACAUUAGCAGCAUUGCAAGAAAUAGCACAAGAUGAUCUACCAUUAAAAGAUUAUAUACUCUAUGUGCAGUCGCAGGUGAGAAGUCCACAGUAUUUACAUUCCAAUACUAUGUAUAAUUUUUCAUCUACGUUUGAUGCUCUGUCUUUUAACAGUACUUCACCAGUGAUGAUUCCAAUAUUAAAUUUUGAUAUGUGGCCUUCAAAUGAACUGUUGGAUUUGGACAUUUCUCAAUUUGUUGCAUUACAAGCAGCUCUUACUAAAGAAUUUGCAGUUAUUCAAGGACCACCAGGAACUGGUAAAACAUAUAUUGGCUUAAAAAUUGCUCAGAUGCUGUUGGAGAAUUCAAAUGUGUGGAAUCCAUCAAAUAAUACUCCAAUUUUGGUUGUCUGCUACACAAACCAUGCAUUAGAUCAGUUUCUAGAAGGAAUUUCCUCUUACACAAAAGAAAUUGUUAGAAUUGGUGGCCGUUCUACUAAUGAAAAGAUUAAAAACUUGCAAUUAAGUCACUUAAGGCGAGCUUCCAGGUUGGCUUGUAAAGUGCCUCAUUACAUCUAUUUUCUUCGACGUGAUUUAAUUAAAGAAAUAGAAGAUAUUGAGUACACAUUAAAUUAUUUCACAUAUUUAGUAGAAAACAGUACUCAACACAUUUUGCCUUUACCCAAUUUACAACCUUUUAUGGAAAAGAAACAUUUACAAUCUUUGCAAAGUGGAUUAAAUUCUGAAUAUUCUAUAAUGGAAUGGCUUUGCUUAUCAACCUAUGAUUUUCAGAACCAGAAUUCUGUUCCGUCAGAUCUUGAUGAUGAUAUAAUAACUUCUAUAAAUGAUAUUGAUAUUGGAAUUGAUGAAGUCGAUGAUUACACAGAUUUUGAACUUAGUUUAAGAGAAAUCGAUGAAGAUGAAUAUAAACCAAUUAAUCCUUAUCCGGCAAAAAAUAAAUUAAAACAUUCGGAUUUAAAUGAAAAUGAAUUUGUUCAUAAUUUUCCUAAGAAAAUGAAAGAUUAUAUUAAAAAACAAAUGAAAUGUCAACAAGCAAUGACAUUAUCAGAAGUAAAACAAAUUGAUAAUGUCUGGAAAUUAAAAACUGAUGAUAGAUGGCGAUUGUAUCAAUUUUGGGUUGCACAAUAUGUUACAAAUCUAUUAGAAAUUAUAUCAAGUCUUCAGUUAUAUUAUCAUAAACAAUCACAGGAAUUAUGUGAAUUGCGCAAAAAGGAAGAUAAAAUAUUAUUAAAUCAAGCUAAAGUCAUUGGGAUGACUACAACAGGAGCUGCAAAGUAUCGAGAAUACUUACAAGAGUUGCAGCCUCGUAUAGUUAUUGUGGAAGAAGCUGCAGAAGUUUUAGAAGCUCACAUAGUUACAUCACUAUCUAUUAAUACAGAACAUUUGAUUUUAAUUGGCGAUCAUCAACAGCUGAGGCCCUCCCCUACAGUUUAUGAUUUAGAAUUGCACUAUGCUUUAAAUGUUUCUCUUUUUGAAAGAAUGAUCAAGAAUGGUAUGAAUUAUUAUCAGCUCUCAUUACAGCAUCGUAUGCGUCCAUGUAUUGCAAAAUUAUUAACUCCUCACAUUUAUUCUAAUCUGCAAAAUGAUCCAAAUGUAGAAAAAUAUGAAAACAUAAUGGGUAUUGGAAGCAAUAUGUUUUUUAUUAAUCAUUCUUAUCAAGAAACUGGAGUGAACGAUUCUAAAAGUCAUAGUAAUUUACACGAAGCAAAAUUUCUUAUUGCUUUAUGCAAAUUUCUAAGAUGUCAGGGAUAUGAUGCAUCUAAAAUUACGAUUUUAACCACAUACACAGCGCAAUUGUUUUUACUAAAAAAGUUGAUGAGGUCGGAAGAGAUGUUGCUAGGAGUUGGCGUAACUGUGGUAGAUAAUUUUCAGGGAGAAGAAAAUGAUAUUAUAUUAAUAUCAUUUGUAAGAAGUAAUGAUAUUGGUUGUAUUGGUUUUUUAAAGAUUUCAAAUAGAAUAUGUGUGGCUCUCUCAAGAGCAAAAAAGGGAUUGUACUGUAUUGGAAAUUUUGAAUUAUAUGCUGAGCAAAGUAAAAUUUGGAAGGAUAUAAAGAAAAAACUUCAACAUCAAAAUGCAAUUGGUAAUGCUUUAGCUCUUAACUGUCAGAACCAUCCAGAAACUGUAAUCAAAGUUUGUACAGCUGAAGAUUUUGCAAAAUACGUUCCUGAUGGCGGCUGUACAAAGUACUGCAAUAAAAGAUUAAAAUGUGGGCAUAUUUGCACGAGAAAAUGCCAUCCCUAUGAUGCAGCUCAUUUAGAAUUAAAAUGCAUGAUGAUCUGCAGAAAAACUAUUUGCAAUUCCAAACAUAAAUGUCAGAAACGAUGCUAUGAAGAAUGUGGAAAAUGUACAGUUCCUGUUGAAAAAGUAAUUCCAUCUUGUAAGCACAAAAUUUUUAUUCCAUGUCACCUGGAUCCAAAGUUGUAUAAAUGUACAUUAAAUUGUCAUAAAAUUUUGGAUUGCGGUCACACUUGUUUGAAAACUUGUUCCGAAUCGUGUGUACCAUGUGUCGAGAUGGUUUCGAAGAUAUUUGAUUGCGGACACCAAAUAAAAAUUCCAUGUUAUAAAAGUAAAUCUGUUCAGAUAUGUCCAAAAGUAUGUAAUGAGAUUCUUAGCUGUGGUCAUCCCUGCAUUAAGGCUUGCGGAUUAAAACCUUGCCCACCCUGCGAGAGUUAUGUCGAGAAAUUACUCCCAUGUAACCACAAAAUUGCAGUCAAGUGUAAUUCAUUCCUUGGUGUAAAAAAUUGUGAUCAGAUAUGUCACAGAAUUCUAAAAUGCGGGCAUAAAUGUAAAGAUAAAUGUGGCCAUAGUGGCAGUUGCGGUCCUUGUGAUGAGCACUGUAAAAAAUUACUUAAAUGCGGACAUAGGUGCGCUUUAAAAUGUUCAGAAAUAUGCACUAGCACUUGCCCAAUGUGCCAGUCUGUAGAGUUUCCAUGGAUGUCGUGCGGAAAUUGGAUAAAUCAGCUUCUUCAAAUAAAUCCGCUUUUGCAAAACAACCCACUUCUUCGUCUAUAUGAAUCUAGGUAGAAUUUUUAUUUUCAAUUUUAAAAUAAAAAGUUUCUUAUAAAAAUAAAUGAAAUUUUUAAGAUGAUAGAAAUAUUGAUUUAAUAUAUUAAAUUGUUUUGUAUUGUUAUAAUUUAUGCACUAACGUAUUCCAAAGAAAUGUUAAUUUAUGAAAUUUUAUACUGUUUAAUAAGGUUAUGUCUCAUAUACUUUAUUGGAAAAUAUUUAUAUUUUAUGUGAUUUAUUUUUUUUCUGUAGAUUAUCAUUUGCAAAUAUGAAUGCUUUGUCUAAUAAAUGUUCACUUGUAAAAUAUUAUACAUAUAUACAUAAAUAUUUUCUUUUAAUGGGUAUUUAAAUAAUAAAUUAUUUAAAAAUUUGUAGGUAUAAAAUAUUAGUCUGUUUUAGUUCUCAUAAAUUUAGAUUGAUGACGAAACUCAUCCAUUCACAAUGAAAAAUGCAGAUUUAAAUUGGACAAUAAAUUUGGAUUGUACUAUUGGUUUCAUACUUUUAGCUAUUACUGUAGCCUGUUCCAAAAAAGGUGGUUCUUCUCUAUUUCAUAAUACAAGGGCGGCUUAAAAGUCUGUUGACCUGUAUAUUAAUUAUAUUCUGUUUAUUUAAUGCUCACAAAAGUGUUUAUAGAGAUUCUCUACAAUAUUAUGUAAAUCCUACGUAGCAUACUCCAAAGACGAUAGAAUUAUUGCAGAUUUCAUUGCGUAUUAAUUUGUCUGAAGUGAAAUAAGGGAACAGGAAA